AUGCCACAGGAAGGCCUCAUUUCUCGGUAUUGGACAUUCUCAUCAAAACUACUGGCAAUGUCCUUCGUGUUCGCGGGUUUACAAUGCAACUCUCGGAUCACUGCCUCCCCAAUCAGUCGUAUGUCGCCCCCGUAUCUCCUCCAAAGUCAAUCGGACACUAACCGUCUCCGAAAUGCUGGGCAGUUCGUGGAUCCUCGCUCGUUCUCUGUCAUUGGCCAGAACGGAACAUUCCGAGCAUCGUCUUUUGAGGGUUUCUUUAACCCCACAUCUACGACGCCCCCUUUCUUCCAGAUUUUUGAUCAGGAGUUUCUGAAGGUGCUGGGUGCUUCCCCAUCCUUAACGGAGAUUGCAUCGAAUCCUGGGUUUGCGUUCGCUCACGAGGCUCCGAUAUAUGUGCCGGAGACCGAUGAACUCUUCUUUGCGAGCAACGACGGUGGGCCCUUGGGUAUGAGCGACUUGGAUCACAACAAUGAAGUAAGCAAGAUCAGUAUGGCCGAAGUGGAAGCUGCAUUAGCAAGGAAAAGCAGUUCGCCCGUUAAUGUCACAGUGACCCCCCUUAAUUUAUCCGACACAAUCCAGAUGACAAACGGGGGGACUGGGCCUUUCCGCUCUCAGCUGCUGCUAGUUAACUCAGGCCGUGGGCCGCUUCCACCAAACAUAGCACUGGUGAACCCCAAACCACCGUUCAACUCGACAAUCAUCUUGGACAAUUUCUUUGGCCGUCAGUUCAAUUCAUUGAACGACGUCAAAAUACAUCCAAGCGGAAAGAUAUUUUUCACUGACGUAACCUAUGGCUUCCUGAACAACUUUCGUCCAGCACCUCUAAUGCCUAACCAAGUCUACCGGCUUGAUCCAGAUACGCGCGCCGUCCGUGUGGUCGCGGAUGGGUUUGACAAGUGCAAUGGAAUCGCCUUCACCGCAGAUGGGAACACUGCUUAUAUCUCCGAUACCGGCGCAACUGGCGGCAAUUCCACUCAAACGGAGCCCUCGACCGUGUACGCCUUCGACGUAGACCCCAUUUCACACGCAUUCAAGAAUCGCCGCGUGCUGGCCUACGUAGAUGCCGGCGUCCCAGAUGGCAUCCAGGUAGACACCAACGGUAAUAUCUACUCUGGCACCGGCGACGGAGUUCAGACAUGGAACUCCGAGGGAACGCUCCUUGGGAAAUUCUUCUUGGGCACCACUUCCGCCAACAUGGUUUUCGCUGGAAAAGGACGGCUUGUCAUUUUGGCCGAAACCAAAAUAUUCUUGGCUAAAAUAGCCGCGGAGGGGUUCGAUCUGGGAGGAAACUGA